AUGUAUUUGCUGCCUGUGAUCUUAGUAGGAACAAUCUUGCUGCCGAACUCUUUCUGCUUGUUUGGAUUUGGCAGAAAACAAUCGGUGGCCGUACGAGGUCGUCUUCAAUGCAACGGAGUGCCAGCAUCAAAUGUGAAGGUGAAACUGUACGAUAAGGAGAUACUUUUCGAUAAAAAGCUGGGCCAGGGAAAAACGGAUUCAUCUGGAUAUUUCUAUUUAUCUGGAAGCAAAACGGAAAUCACUAACAUCGACCCUAAAGUGAAUAUUUACCACAAAUGUGGAUACAAAGGGCCCUGCUACAAGAAGUUUUCAAUCACAAUUCCGAAUAGUUACAUAACUCGAGGCAGCACACCAAAGUUCACCUUCGAUAUCGGUAGAAUCAAUCUUGCCGGAAAAUUCAAGGGACAAUCAAUAGACUGCAUAAAUUGA